AUGACUUCUUCAAAGGCGACGAUGUCCCAUGACGGCCAAGAAAUCGAUGAGGCCCCAGACGCAUCCCUCCUCCUCUCUUCUCCUCUUUCAACUCCCCUCACCACAAGCCCGGAGCUGGUCUCAAUUCAGUCGCUGGCCGACCAAAACCCGACACCACUCAGCAUGAUGGACGACUCAUGUUUCCUCGACAUUGACAAGUGCAUCUCGACUGGUCUCGAGGCGGGCAGUGUUAGUGCUCCAGCUAGUGUCGACAAGACCGCAGCGACAUCCAACCAAUCACCGUCGAAUUCAGUGGAGUUACCUGCUACAACUAAAGAUCCCAGCACCCACAGCCAGCGCAGCGCAGAUCUUCCUCGACCUAAAGAGACUGCAGAUGACGGAAACGCCGAACCGACACGUGCCGCUGACGAUGGUAAUGUUCCUUAUUCAACUGGGAAGGAUUCCAAUUCACAAUUAAUUCUAGGUGGUCAAUCGAGCUACAAGUCUCAAGAAAUCGCCCAAACAGGCCAUUCGAAAAACGGUGCAUCGCAAGCGCAGCCAAAAGUCAUUUCGCCGUCUGCUUUAAAUACGACAGGCUUGUCCUCCCAAAAUAGCAACGCCCCAUCAAACGCCGCCGACCCUGCUCUUGGUUUCAGGGGCCUUCAUUCCGAUCAGCACGAGUAUCGAAUAGAUAGUUCGACCAGAUAUUACAGUCAAUACGAGACUGCUUCAGCACCCACAGGGCCCUCAUCUGCGGGAGCGCUCCCUGCGCGAGGGACAGCCACAGCACCCGCACAGACAAGCAGCCACUACACUGCUACUCAAAGCGCCACCCGGGCCAUGUCCAGUACCACCUCCACUAGCAACAAUUCUGUCCCCCCUGGGCAUCAAAGACACCGCAACGAUCAUUCCUCACACGACAACGGCUUUCCUCCCUCACACAAUACAUCCCUUUCUUCUCGGUCAAGCGGCAUCAAACUUGAUACAAGUUUUAUAAGGCCGACGCCAAGACCAAUCGUCCACACCGCCCCCGACUCUCCAUCCCUUAAUAUCAAACAUCCAACUCCCGACAUUACCUCCCAGGCACGAUCCGGAGCCUACGUUGGUAACAUCGCCCAACUCGAAGCGACUGCCGAACGGCUGUCUAUGACAAGUUCCAUCGACGAUGCGAUCCGAGAUCUACACACUGAACUAAAGCGAUCCGACAGUCGACGUUCCUCUAUACUUGCUGCCAGUCUCAAAGCCUCAGGGUCCAUUGACGAUUACACCAACAAUCCCGGUUCCGCUGUCGAACAACUAAGACGACAUCCAUCCAUCGCUUCCUCCAUCGUUUCAACCAACAACGCUGCACGCCACGGUGGUUAUUCCCCCGCUGGAUACGUACUUUCUCCGAACCACUCCUUUACCGGGCGACUCAGAUCAGGAUCCAAGAACUCGGCAGGCCGACCAGACUUUGAUCUCGAUUCCGUCUUAUCACGACACGGCCCCGGCAAGGCAUCUGUCAGGAGUGUUCGCUCUACAAAGGUUUCUCUUGCAGAGAUUUCAGAAUCCGAACCUAUUGCCCUAACCCAAGACGUCCUCGACAUGGCUGACAAGGCCCCUGCCAAGAACCCUGAGGGCGACUCCCUAUUACCUGAGGAGCUCCGUGACGCCAACAUGCCCGCUACAGAUGUUUUCCAGAACAUGAUGGGAGAUGAUGACUUUAUGGAUGCCACAAAAAAACGCCCGCAUGCCGGUGCAAAUACUGGUCACCAGGAGUCCCGAGAUCCCCAACGGCCCGGAAGUUCGCACUCAGACACAACCUUCCAACAAUGUCAAGAUGCGUUUGGCGAUUUCGAUGGUGUUCACUGGGUUCCCGAUCAAGAUGAUCCUUACGCUCCUCCGAACGAUGUAGAGCCCCAACCUCAACACCAAGCUGCACACCGACCCGCCCCACGUCCAGACAUCCGGCCCCAAUCGUACAUGGACCCCGAAUCGGGUCAACAGAUGCUCUACUACCCAGCUCGUGUCCCUGCUAUGCUCAACUUGCCCCCCAAGCUCUCGAACAAGCCCAAGGCCAACGAGAGGAACAAGCGACGCUCCCAGGUUAUGAGUGCUAUGUUUGACGGUGGCAGAAAAUCGCAGGUUAUGGAUGCUCCAGCUCCAGAGCGGGAUACAACUAGAGACUCUUGGCUACCCGAUCCUCUUGCUGGUCACCGAGCAUCAUUCAUUGCCCUGACAUCUGAUGAGCUUAGGGAACUAGGUCAACAACCAGAUCCAGCUCGUUCUGUGCACUCAGAGCAUGAUGCCGCCCCUGCUGUACAACCUGAACCCACUGCUGAUUCGUCGGUUGAAACAUUGAGGCGUCCUCAGAAGCUAUCCAAGAAGAAUCCUGAUGACCGAAACACGAGAAUGUCAAAUCUGCCACCUCAACUGAGAGCAAGUGCCUACUUUGAUCUCCCCGAUAACACACAGCCAGAUAUCGAAGUCAAGGACGGAUCAGCAAUGGCCACCCUCGAAAGUAUUCUGGACGCUUCUGCCAAUGCGCCUGUCAGUGCAUUUACCGAUCACGAGCGUGCCGGCAGGCUCGGAAAGGAGGUCUACGGCAAGGAAAAGAAGCGUGCAUCGGUUGCUCCAUCCGCCGCUCUCCAGCCCGAACCUGACAAAAAGCAUGCCAGGAAACGCUCUUCAUUUCUGUGGCUUGGCAAACGUCACAGUCAUGUCAGUGAUGACAACAAGGAUCAAAAGGCCCAAUCAGAGUCUGGAUUGGGACCAGUCAACGCAGACACUAACGCUGCUGAGCACGACGGCUUGGCUCGCAGCGUAGAUGGUCGCGGGGACGGGCAUAGUGAUGAUGAGCAGGGUGUCAAGGACGAUGAUUCUGAUGCUUCGGUUGAAGAAGAGGGCUACCAUGGGCCCCCAACAACACUACUUGCUGAACUCCAGCUACGUAAACAGCAGCAGAAGGAGCGUACCCAGCGAACAUUCCCGGGUGGUAUGCACGCAACCUUGUUGGAGAUGGAUGCUGUUGCCGAGACCCAAAAGAAAGCAAGGAACACCAAGCGUAUCAACCUGGCCUGGGAAGAGGGUCAAGCACAGCCUGUCGAUGAGAACUCUGACGAUGAGGAUAUACCCCUAGCUGUCAUCGCAGCCCGCAACCAGGGCGCAAAGAAUGUUAUGGAUCUCAACCGCCCCAUAGGUUUGAUGGAGCGUCGUGAGAUGGAAGAGAACGAACCCCUCAGUCAUCGUCGGGCCCGCCUCCAUGGUCAAGAUCCUCGAUCUAUGGUUAUCACCAACCGACCAAGCAUGAACAACCUCAGUGCUAAUUAUCUCCCUACAACACCUCACUCUGUGCAGAACGCAUCUCCCGAGCCCGAUGAUGAGUUCGAAGGAGAGACACUUGCGGACAGGAAAAAGCGCCUUGCUGCCAAAGAAGAGGCCGAGAAUCUGUUGCCUAAGGCCCGAGCUGUCAGUGGUGCCUUCUCCAUUGAACUUCUUAACCAAUUUGAGGACCCUGAGGAGAAGAAAAAGAAGGAGGAGGAGAGCAAGCCCAAGUCUGGUGAGGAGGAAACAUUGGGUCAACGCCGCCGUCGCCUGCAAGCUGAGCGUGAGGCCCGUGAACGGGAAAUGAGCUUCAACCAGCUGAGCGCAACUUCUGAGGAGCCCCCAGUACCAGUACCUGGAGUCAACGGUCACAUGCAUCAGAUGUCGAGCGUUCUUUCUGCUCAUCCUAAGAGGAGCGUGAAUGAGGCCAUGGCAGAGCGCGAGCGUCUUGAGCGUGAGAGAAGACUAGUCAGAGAAGGUGACGCGAGGAUGGCAGCCUACAGAAACCAAAUGCCUCAAGCUUUGGGACAAGCGGGCAAUGCCAGUUCUGGCGGUUACCGUGGCGGUACCUUCAACAAUGGCCUUGGUGGCCAGAACUCUCAAGCUGCUAUGUCUUCGCCAGCUCUUCAUACCCAGAUUUUCAACCAGCCAGCUCUUAACCAUCGAAAGAGUGCCGUGUUUAGCACAUACGGUACCCCAAUGCAGCCAGCUGGGUACGGCGCUGGCGGUAUGAGCGUUUAUGGUGGGAACAUGAUGCAGCCUGGUAUGCCAAUGCCUGGUCAAGCUGGCCCUACCAACAGAAUUGAACAGUGGCGCCAGGGUGUUCUCCCUUGA